GACUUCAACCAAGUACCUCUAAAACUCCGUCAUGACCAGGAGACAAUGGCCGAGUUGCAUUGCAGACUGGACGACUUGCGUGAUCACCUAUACGACCUGGUGGACUCUGUGAAGGCGGAAAGCGAGGCAAAGCUUCGAAAAAGGCUUGGCCUGGACAAAUGGAUGCCAGAAAAGAUGACCCUGAUCAGUAAUUUAUAUACGAUGAUGCUUCAGACAGAGCUUGAUCGCUUCCAGGAUCGACUGCGACUCAUCAUGGACUUCUACGCGUAA